UUUUCAGAUGAUAAGACUAAUAUCAACAUAAAUUUUCAGAAUUAUUGAAGGAACGUGUCACAUCUAAAACUCGGUGCUCUAUUUUGCAUAAUCAUUAUCAGUUUAAGAUGUAUUAACACGAAACAACUAAAACUAAUCCUUCUAAGAUUUUUCGGUACCUUUUGUGGGGUUGCGACUAGAUGUUUGGUAGAUUAUAAUGAAAUGAAUAACGACGACGUAAUAUGGCACACUAUCAACCAUUCAUUCUGUUCUUUUGUUGUCAAAACUAAAACUGGAAGGUUUUGCAGAAAUGAUGACAAUGUGACAGGAUUGUGUAAUCGACAUUCUUGCCCAUUAGCCAACUCACAGUACGCCACUAUAAAAGAAAGAGAUGGUAUCAUCUACCUGUAUGUCAAGGAACCUGAACGUAUACCUUAUCCUGGUAAACAGUGGGAGCGGAUUAAAUUGCGCCGGAAUAAAGAACAAGCUCUGAAACAAAUCAAAGAGCACUUAUUAUAUUGGGAUAAAUGGAUAAUAAGUCGUGUUAAGCAGAGAUUCUUUCGCACAAGAGAAUAUCUUAAAAAUAUGCGGCGUUUGGCCUUAUCAAGACAAAAGAAAUUAGAACCUAUUAAUCGUACGGUUGAAAAACGUGAAUUAAGGAGAGAAGCAAAAGCAUUACGUGUAGCACGCAUUGAACGUACUGUAGAACAAGAACUCUUAGAAAGAUUACGCGCAUCAACAUCUUCCAAGGAAAUAUAUAACAUAGAUCAAUCUGCCUUUGAAAAGGCUCUGGAAGCUGAAGAAAUAAAUGAAGAAGAAUCUGAUGAAGAAUACGAGGAGGAAGAAGAAGAAAUCGCUUACACUUCAGGAUCUGACGUUGAAGAUAUUGAAGAUAUCGGAGUGAUCGAUGAGGAAAAUGAAGAAGAGGAAGCUGAACAUAAUCUUGUUCUGACAAAUCCUAAAAAGAAGCGUAAAGUUACCAUUCACUAUGAAAAAGAUGAAUGAACAAUUAUCCCAUUUUUACUGUAUAUAUCUUGUAUAUUUAAGUGAAAUAGACUGUGAGUAGCUUUCUAACUAUACGAAAAUUGGAACCUUUUGAAUUCAUUUGUUCAACAAGCUUUUCGUUACUUUUUAUUAACCCAACUAGUUGUCACGGUGUGUUUGAAUAAUCACGGUAAUAAGUCACAGAUUUUUACGUCUCAGUAUAAAGAUAUUGGCCUAUAUUAUUAUAGUAGAAAAAACUACCAUUCAUACCUAACCUACUGUCUUUGACUCGUAUCUGCUUGCAUUUCAUCCUAACCCCAUGAAAAGUAAUCAUUCGUUGAGCAUUCCAAUUAUGAGUAAAUUAAAGUUGUUGUUAGUAUGAAGUUUCCAUAUCGUGAGAACAUAAUGUGAUCGAUAUUAAGAACCAAAAAUGGCUGUAAUCACUAGAACGUUUUCAUAUAUAUCCAAACACAGAUACUGACUAGAUUUAAGUAGAAGCAACCUGUCAGUGUUCAACCCAAAGUUUUACUGCUAAGUUGGAAAUUGCAACACACGACAAAUUCUUCACUUUACAAGGCUUAAGGAAACUCAAAGGAUAUUGCUACUUUCUGCACAGGAUUGCUGUGAUAGACAUUUUUGAUAUCCAUCCAUUUCACAUCCCAUCAAUAGUUGACAAAUAUUGCCCUCACAGUCAGUCACUGUUUG